UCAAACGAUGUAAUAAAAUGCUGAUCUAUCUCAACUCCUUCUGAGUGUUGCAUACACAUGUGCAAACUUGAUAUAGCCUUGAACUAUAUGUGGUGUAGGGUGUAAAAAUAUUGAUUUGAUAUUUGUAUCUAUGAAACGAAAUUUUCAAGUAGCCUUGGAUUUUGUGGCUAUAGCGAAUGUGUUUUGCAGUGCAUGUAAAUGUUUUUUUCUACAUGACAUGACAUUAAAGUUUUUUCUGGGUAUGUGUACAAUAUUGGCCAGGAUUUAAUUGCGUUCCCCAAUCUUGGCAGAAAACGACGGGAGUAAGCUUUCAUUUUCCAAGCGAAUCGACUAUCAUUAGUAACUUAAUCGCCACAUAUUAUACCAACGUAAAAAUUUAUCAUCAGAAUUUUGAUUUUCAUUGAGUAAUCGAAGAAAACAGUUUUGUAUUAUUUUGCAGGACAUUUUCCUUGGUCGAACGUUGUUGACUUCUGACAAACUUUAACCUAAUUUGAUAUUCGCGUAUUAAUGGAUUCCGACGAAGAUUCUUUUGCAAUGGAUAAUGUGGAUUCAGGUAACGUGUCAUCGGGUGACGAUAAUGAUGAUGAUUUUGCAUUGGAAGUUGAUAUGCCGUCGUCGCACGAAUGCCAGACCGAAGCGGAAGAAUAUCAAUAUGAGGUUUUGACGACAGAAGAAAUCGUACAACACCAGCGUGAGACCAUCGAUGAAGUUAAUAACGUUCUAAAGUUAUCGUCGACCAUAACACGUAUAUUAUUGAAUCACUUUAAAUGGGAUAAAGAAACACUUUUGGAGAAAUAUUUUGAUAGUAAUAUGGAGGAGUUUUUUAAACGUGCUCAUGUCAUAAAUCCAUUCAAUAAAAAGCCGUCUAAUAUCAAUCGGCAAAAGGAUUCCAAUAAUCAUACGGCUGAAGAAUGUAAAAUUUGUUUCUCCCAUUUGUCCGCGGACUCAAUGACUGGUUUAGAGUGCGGUCAUCGAUUUUGUUUGACCUGUUGGUGCGAGUAUCUAACAACGAAAAUAAUUACCGAAGGAUUAGGUCAGUCGAUAUCGUGUGCCGCACACGGAUGUGAUAUUUUAGUCGAUGACGUCACUGUUACUAAAUUGGUACACGAUCCCCGUGUUCGUAUAAAGUAUCAGCAAUUGAUUACCAAUAGCUUUGUCGAAUGCAAUCAAUUGUUGCGCUGGUGUCCGUCCGUUGAUUGCACUUACGCCAUUAAAGUUGCUCACGUCGAACCGCGUCCAGUGCGCUGCAACUGCGGCCACGAGUUUUGUUUCGUUUGCGGCGAAAAUUGGCACGAUCCUGUUAAAUGCCUUUGGUUAAAGAAGUGGAUUAAAAAAUGUGAUGACGAUUCCGAGACUAGUAAUUGGAUAGCGGCCAAUACCAAGGAAUGUCCCAAAUGCAAUGUAACAAUCGAAAAGGACGGCGGCUGCAAUCAUAUGGUGUGUAAAAAUCAAAAUUGUAAACAUGAUUUUUGUUGGGUAUGCUUGGGCUCGUGGGAACCGCACGGUUCAUCGUGGUACAAUUGCAAUAGAUACGACGAAGACGAAGCCAAAGCAGCUAGAGGUGCACAAGAGAAACUACGUUCAUCGUUGUCAAGGUAUCUCCAUUACUAUAACCGUUACAUGAAUCAUAUGCAAUCGUUAAAAUUUGAAAAUAAAUUAUACGCUUCGGUCAAACAUAAAAUGGAGGAAAUGCAACAGCACAAUAUGUCAUGGAUUGAAGUGCAAUUUUUAAAAAAAGCCGUAGAUAUAUUAUGCCAAUGCCGUCAGACUCUUAUGUACACUUAUGUGUUUGCUUAUUAUUUAAAGAAGAACAAUCAAUCGAUGAUAUUUGAGGAUAAUCAAAAGGAUUUAGAAUCUGCAACCGAGAAAUUAUCCGAAUAUUUGGAACGUGACAUAACGUCAGAGAACUUGGCCGAUAUCAAGCAAAAAGUUCAAGAUAAAUAUCGAUAUUGCGAGAAACGUCGUAAUGUUCUAUUGGAUCAUGUGCAUGAGGGCUAUGAAAAGGAUUGGUGGGAAUAUCUAGAAUGACCAUCGUCUUUCGAUUAACAUAAUUGAAGUAGAAAUGACAAGAAUCAUAAAA